GUUUUCCAGAGCAUCAUGGAGGAAGACACUGAAGCCGACAACCUCCUCAACCGGAUGGCCCGGCUCACUCUUCGACGCCGGCUUCGCUGUCCUUAUUCACUCCUUUGGCAUGACUUCUUCGAGAAGGCAAUGAACCUCACGGAGGUUGGCGGGCGCCAAGAAUCGGGACACGAUCCGUGGCAGCGGAUGCGCGAGAUUUGCCGAGUAGAUGGACAGGACAUGGCCAGGUGGUUCGGCCCGGAUGCUUGUCAAGCGUAUGGCCACGAUGCCAUUCUGCUCGCAGCGCUAGAGACGAGUUUGAAGCUGGAGGCCCAUGAUGUGGACAUGCUGUUGGAGGUCGUGUUCAUCUAUGCCAGGAAGUCCGUUCAAGGCAUGCUUGUUGGCCCCGACGUGCACAUGGCGAUUCGAAAGCUGUGGCCCAUCCUGCCUCAUUUGGCCAAGCUUGGAUCAUUGGGGCUCAUGACCACAAUGCUGGCUGCGCUGCGCUCCGAGGACCCCACCGACGGCUUCUUGGAGUCUAUUGCGGAUGCUGCUGUGAACGCCGUCUCCUCUGACAGAUUUCGGCCGACAGACAUGAUG